CAAAGCUCCAGAGUGAAUAGUUAAACGGCUCGGUCUCGAAAUGACGCCAAUGAAGAUUGUCAGGAUAAGCCCACCGUUUAAUAGGUCUAGCCUCGAAGGGGUAUUUGCUGCCGGUGGGAUAUGCACAGGUGGAGGUGCACCUUCGCAGAUUCAAGCUGAGCUAUACAGCGAUAUUCUAAGCUGCGAAUGGCAUUAAAUAUGCGACCGCUGCAACACCCAGCUCGUAUUUGGAUUUGAUAUAGCUAUUUUUAGGGAAAGUAAAUGCAUGUAGAUUGAUGUUGUCAAGUAGAAACAAUAUUAACC